AUGACUGCUCCAUCUCCUGUUGCCAUUAUUGGCAUGAGCUGUCGCUUUCCCGGCGCCAGCUGCCCAGAAGAACUUGAGGAACUCCUUUUAAAUGGCGUCUCUAGCUGGGGGCCUAUUCCGGCCGAUCGUUGGAACCGUGAUGCCUUCUACCACGCCCAGCAGGGAGCCGCUGAGUCCCUGGCGGCCAAGCACGGCUACUUUCUGAAGGACGACAUAUCCAAGUUCGACGCCCGUUUCUUUCAGGUACCACCGCAGGAGGCACAUGCCAUGGACCCACAACAACGCAUCUUGUUGCAGACCACCUACGAGGCGCUGGAAAAUGCAGGCCUGCCUCUCGAGGACGUACGUGGCAGCAAUACCUCCGUAUUCAUCAGUGCGUUCGCCUACGACUACCAGCGGAUGGGUUACAAGGACCUCGCUGAGGUCAGUGGAUCGCAUGUUGCUGGUACUGGUAUGGCCAUGCUGUCAAAUAGGAUCUCUUAUGUAUUCGACUUGACGGGAGCUUCAUUGACCCUUGACACUGGUUGUUCUGGCAGUUUGGUCUGCCUUCACCAGGCAUGCCAGAGCCUGCGUCUUGGCGAAUCCGACAUGGCCAUUGUUGGUGGAUCACAACUUUUGAUAGAUCCUGCUCAGUCUGUCAAUAUGAGUUCUAUCGGAAUGGUCAACCCCGAUGGCCACUGUUACGCUUUCGACACUCGUGGCCACGGCUACGCCCGCGGUGAAGGCGUUGCCACCGUCGUCCUCAAGCUCCUGGACAAGGCCCUUGCUGACGGCGAUCCCGUUCACGGCGUCAUCGUCGGCUCUGGUAUCAACCAGGAUGGCCGUACGGAGGGCAGCAUCAUGUCUCCGAGCGGUGAGGCCCAGAGGGUCCUCAUGCAGGAAGUGUAUGCAAAGGCCGGUCUGGACCCGAGCCAUACCCCAUACGUUGAGGCUCAUGGCACGGGCACCAAAAUUGGCGACAAAGAGGAAAUCGGCUCCAUCUACUCGGUAUUCUGCAAGGAGAGAAAUCGAGAGCAGGACCUCUACGUGGGAUCAGUAAAGUCCAACAUCGGACACCUUGAGGCGUCGGCGGGUAUUGCAGGUCUAAUCAAGUCGAUUCUGGUGCUCAAGACGGGAGUAAUCCCACCACAGUUGAAUUUAAUUGACCCGAAGCCGUCAUUGAAGCUGGACGAAAGGAACAUCAAAAUUGCCCGGGAAGCCACGCCCCUGCCACAGGGACCUCGCCGAGUGUCUCUAAACAGCUUUGGAUACGGUGGCACGAAUUGUCACGUCAUCAUCGAGGACUUGAGCACAUGUGCCGCUUCUGGCCGUGCUCUUGCGUCGUUGGGGCUCCGAAACAAUAGGGCUCGCAAUGGCCACGCAGCGGCGCUGUCUAAUGGGAUCAAAAUCAACGGGACUGUCAAUGGAACCACCGCGAAUGGGGUGGACGUGCCACAUCCCCAACUCUUCCUCCUGAGCGCAAACUCGGAGAAGACCCUCAAAGCCUCAGCAAACAACAUACGGCAAUGGGUCUCCUCCCACGCCAGCAGCGGCGGGUCCGACAGCCAAGCACAAAAGACGUUGUUGGAUGACCUUGCAUAUACCCUCUCGGCGCGCAGAACCCUCCUUCCCUGGCGAGCUGGCAUCAUCGCUUCAGAUGUCGAGCAGCUCAGCUCAUCGCUCGCCAGCGUCCGGCCGUCCAAGUCCUCGAGCGCGCCGCACCUGGCCUUUGUCUUCACCGGGCAGGGCUCACAGUGGGCUGGUAUGGGCCGCGAGCUGAUGUCCCUGGCCCCGUUCGAGGAGUCCAUUCUCAAGUCCGAGGCCAUCCUUCACGGUCUAGGGGCGUCUGCGCAAGGCUGGUCCCUGUGCGAGCAGCUGUGCUCCGAUGACAAGUACUCCAAGCUUGGAGACGCCAAGAUCGCGCAGCCCGUCACGACUUGCCUGCAGAUCGCCCUUGUUGAUCUCUUGAGAAGCCUCGGCGUCACACUCACAACCGUUGUAGGCCACAGCUCCGGCGAAGUGGGCGCAGCCUACGCAGCCGGGGCCCUGAGCCAUGAGGCUGCGGUCCAGGUUUCAUACUACCGAGGUUUCUGUGCGGCCCAAGCCAAGAAAGACCAGACGACGCCAGGCUCCAUGCUGGCAGUCGGACUGGGUGAAGAUGCGGUGCGCCCAUACGUUGCUCAGACCAAGACUGGUCGCAUCUGUGUGGCUUGCAUCAACAGCCCAGAGAGCACGACCAUCUCGGGUGACGAGUGCGCCAUCGACGAGCUCAAGGCCGUACUUGAUGCGCAGUCCAUCUUCGCACGCAAGCUGCGUGUUGACCAGGCAUACCACUCCCACCGCAUGCACAAGGCCACGGCGGCGUACCUGUCCUCGACAACACACAUGCAGAGCAGCCCCGUUCGCGAGGGCGUGUCGUUCUUCUCCACCGUGACGGGUGAGCGCAAGAAUGAUGGUUUUGGUGCGCAGUACUGGGUGGACAACCUGGUCUCGCCUGUGCAAUUUGUCAAGGGCCUACGCCACGUCCGCGACGAGCUGAAGCGGGCUGAUACGGGUGGUGAUGAUGCCUUCGUCUUGGUCGAGAUCGGGCCUGCACCCACUCUUGCAGGACCAACAAAGCAGACCCUUAUGUCCCCCGACUUCAAGUUCUCGUAUCUCUGCCCACUUGUACGCAAGACAGAUGCGCGCCAGUCGUCACUCACCUUCCUCGGCCACCUUGUCGAGCUGGGCGUCCCCAUCAACAGAAAGAAGCUGUCGUCCAUGCUGUCUGGGCAUGGGGAUCACAUGCCUCAGGCUAUACCCGACCUCAAAGCCUACCCCUUCGCCGAGGACUCGCUUCCCUACUGGCGUGAGUCCCGCGUCAGCUCGUCGCACCGCCUCCGCCAAUUUGCCUGGCAUGACCUGUGCGGGCUGUUGGAUCCCGCAGGCAGCGAGCAGGAGCCGCGAUGGCGCCACCAUCUCAACGCGAACAGCUUGCCGUGGCUCAGAGACCAUGUCAUCGAUGGAUCUAUCAUCUUCCCGGCCGCGGGAUGCGUGUGCAUGGUCAUCGAAGCCAUGAAGCAGUUGUCUCAGAUGCGCAAGAGCAAAGCUGCUGUCCCUGGCACUACCAACACAAUCCAGAGAUUCAGGGUCAGUGAUGUUAACUUUGCCAAAGCAAUUUCGCUUCCAGUGGAUCAGGAAAAUGCUAGUAUUGAGCUGCAGUUAACAAUCAGCCCAUGCAAGGCUGGCGGUGGCCGAUGGGAGUCAUUCCGCAUCCUUAUGUACAGUGACGGCGCCUGGGAGGAAAGCUGCAGUGGGUUGGUCGGCCUUGAUGACACCCAAGAUGAUAACAACGUCGAGACCGUCUCUGAGCACGACCUUCAGGACUCGGCGCAUCAGGUCGCCUUCCGAGGGAUCCAGAAGGAUUGCACCUCUGCAGAGGCAAUGGUAGAUGGGAACACAUUUUACCAGAACCUCAAGGAUACCGGCAACCUCUACGGGCCCAGCUUUGCACUGCUGGGUGACCUGCACAUUGGUACCAGCCAGACCAUGGCUUGGACCAAGUUGACAGUGCCCAACCUUCCUAAUCUCAUGUCAGGUCACAGCCCACAGCCGCAUCUUGUCCAUCCCUCGACUCUAGACGCCAUCAGCCAUAUUGGAGCUCACCUGUUCAAGCUACACAACGGUAACGCACCCGUUGUAGUCGGCUCGGUGGCUGACAUGGACAUCCGGGCCGACAUGAGCAGCAGCCUCUCGGAGCCCACAACCGAGCUAUACGUUGCCGCGACUCUGAAUCGGUCCCUGACCGACAUGCGCUCUUGCACUACUGACGCCUAUGUCUUCCAGAAAGACAUCACCUCUGGGGACUUGUCUCUUCUGAUCAAGGCCCAGUACGUCUUGAGAUCCUUCGGGCUGGGAUCACAUGCGCCUUUGGCGGACGAGACGAGCAAUCAAGGGAAGCAGCCUCGGCGCAUGACCUGGGAUGUGGACGUGGACUUCUUGAGCAACGAGAAGUUCAUGUACAUGGUUGCACAAAACCAGCAGACACAUCGAGAGCAUUCACCAACACAGCAGGGCUUUGACGAGGGCUUCAACGACUACUACUCCAACAUCGAACAGGCGGCGUCCAUUUUCAUCCGCCACGCCCUUUCCAAGUUAGAUCUUACCACCAGCACGCCUGGCACUGUUACACCUCCCGUGGUGGCGGCUCCCCACCUGCAGAAGCUCUUCAACUGGAUGCAGGCAUACAGCAUUUCCCCCGCGUUUCAAGAUCUCACAUCCGACCUUAGCUUUGAGGACGAGGCCCGCGUUGUGGCAGCCGCUGAGAAUGCCACGGCCUUCGGUUUUGAAGGCAAGAUGGCCGCCCGCGUCGGUCGCAAGCUCGCAGAUAUCCUCCUCGGCAAGUGCGACCCGCUCACCCUGAUGCGGGAGGGUGACCUGCUCGACUCGCUAUACGCCAACGGCAUCUCCUCGUCUAGUUACCAACAGAUGGCCGAGUACGUGCGACUGCUGGCCUUUAAGAAGCCACACAUGAAGAUCCUCGAGAUCGGCGCCGGCACGGGAGGCGCAACUAUGCCCCUGCUCCAGACCCUGAAAGGACAGGACGGCGAGAUCUGGCUGGAUCGCUAUGCCUACACCGAUAUCUCGGGCGGCUUCUUUGAUCAUGCCAAGAGCAAGUUCGCCGAGUGGCUGGGCUACAUUGACUUUGGCGUGCUCGACAUUGAAAAGGACCCGUCGACCCAGGGCUACGCGGCCGGGUCAUACGACGUCGUACUAGCUGUCAACGUCCUCCACGCUACCAAAGAUAUGAAUGCCACCAUUACCCACGCACGGCAGCUGCUUCGACCCGGUGGGAAGCUCAUCGUCGUUGAGCUUACCAAAUUAAGCGUCGCGAUCAACAUAGUCUUUGGAACUCUCUCUGGUUGGUGGGCCUUUGAAGACGAGCGCCUCGGCCACUGCCCUCUCCUAACCACGAAUGGGUGGGACGAUCUGCUUCGCCAGCAUGGCUUCACUGGCCUAGACAUCUGUGCUCAGAAUACCCAAAGCCAGGAAAGUGGUAUUUCCUCCCUUAUGGUCUCGUCUGUGACCACUGAGUCCCCAGCUUUCGAGCAGGCGCUCCUAUCUCCAUCACCAUCAUCGUCCUCGCCACUUGCUGGCGUGGGAAUUAUCCAAGGCUUCAAGGACUCGCCGUCAAUUCAGAGGCUGACGGCGUCGCUCCUGGAAGCCUCAAAAUUGAGAGGCUACCGCGGAUGGGCCUGCCUAGAUUUGAUCACAGAUGCCGAUAAGUUACAACGGAACAGUACCGAUCCAGUCAUGGUGCUAGACGUUUCAGAGCAUGGACUGCUGCUGAACGAGAGGCCUGAGAUAUUUGAUGCUCUCAGGAACAUCCUCACGUCCGGUAGCCACGUGCUGUGGGUCUCGCUCCAGGAGACCAGGGACGAUGCAGCUAUCAGCGCGAAGAGAUCCAUGAUCCAAGGUACGGCCAGGGUACUGCGCCGCGAAAACGGAGGUGCGUCCAGAUUCGUCACCAUCGACGUCGACGAGGCGACCACACUUGACGACCUCACAGUUGUCAGAGACCUCUGCAGCCGUCUCUUAGAGGCAGCGCAGGCGUCGAUGUCUGGCGAGGAGGACAGUUACGAGCGCGAGCUGAGAUACAGCAACGGCGAGCUUCUCAUCCCUCGCUUGCAGACUGAUUCCAAAUUCCAGGCCUGGGCCGACAGACGCUCUACGGCGACGUCGACGCCCAAUGCUUUGCCUCUGGAGUCAGGCGUGCCCUACCACCAGCCCGGCCGGCCGCUCAAGCUGGAAGUUGGCACGCCAGGUCUGCUGGGAAGUAUGCGAUUCGUCGAUGACGCUUCAAGCAGCAGCAAGAUCCAGCUUAAGCCGUGGGAGAUAGAGAUCUCGGCGCGAGCACACGGUGUUAACUUCAAGGACGUUUUCGUUGCUCUCGGUCAGAUGCGUGCCGGCGUCAACAUGGUGGGCGAGGUAGCUGGUGUCGUUACCGGCGUUGGAGAGGACAUGAAGGGUAGGUACAAGAAAGGCGACCGGGUCCUCGGCUUCGGCGCCUCGCCGUUUGCCAGCAAGCCUCGCAUCAGCGGCCAUCUCGCCCACGUCCUCCCUCCGGACAUGCCAUUCAAUGCCGGGGCAACAAUCCCUGUCGUCUACGCCACAGCUUAUUACUCUCUAUUCGAGGCUGCUCACUUCAAAAAGGGACAGUCAAUCCUUAUCCCUGCGGCCACGGGCGGCGUAGGUCAAGCAGCCAUCCAGCUCGCAAAGUACGCUGGCGCCAGCGAGAUCUUUGUCACGGUUGGAUCCCAAGCUAAGAAGCAGUUGGUCAUGGACACGUACGGCAUCCCCGAGAGCCACGUCUUCUCCUCGAGGGCCGUCUCCUUCAAAGAAGGCAUCCUACGGCACACAAAGGGCCGCGGUGUCGACUGUGUGCUGAACUCCCUGUCUGGAGAGAUGCUUAGCGAAGCCUUUGACUGCCUGGCUAAGCUCGGUACCUUUGUCGAGAUCGGAAAGACGGACAUCUACAAGGGCAACCACAUCAGGAUGAGCAACUUUGACAAGAGCGUCACCUUCGCCUCUGUAGAUCUGGUUACGCUUGGCGCCGAGCAGCCCCAGGUUGUUUAUGAGACCCUCGCGUCUCUUGUCAAGUUGUUCGAGGAGGGCGUGCUGCGCCCGCCCACGCCCAUCAAUUCCAUGCCCAUUGGUCGUAUCGAGGACGCCUUCCGCCUGAUAGCAUCUCGCAAGCACACGGGCAAGAUCGUUCUCGAGUCUCCCGAGGACGCAGCCGUGACCACUGUCGCAGCGGCAGCCCCGGCCCUCGAACUGGCCAGAGAUGGCACGUACGUUAUCGCAGGCGGUUUGGGCGACAUGGGAAAGCGUCUGGCGACAUUCAUGUCAUCACACCGAGCUGGACACGUCGUGUUGCUUUCUAGGCGCAGUAUAAGCAACGAGGACCACAUGGCACUGCAAAACCAAUGUGGCAGCGGAUGCGUUGUCCAUGUUGUCAAGUGUGACGUUAUCAAGGAGUCUGACGUUAGACGCUGUGCCGACUUCUGUAGACAGCAGAACUUGCCACCAGUCAAGGGUGUUGUCCACGCUGCAAUGGUCCUCCAAGACCGUCCAUUUACUUCCAUGAGCCGCAGUGGUUUCGCAACGGCCCUAGGUCCCAAGGUGUUUGGAACUAUCAACCUGGACAAGGCAUUUGCUUCACCCCAGCUUGACUUCUUCCUCACCCUCUCGUCUGUGGCUAAUCAUAUCGGAAACGGUAGCCAGGCCAACUACGCCGCUGGUAACGAGUUCCAAGAUGCCUUUGCCCGCGCACACGGCAGCGGAAAGAACAGUAACAAUACGCACUACAUAAGCAUCAACCUGGGAGCUGUGGCCGGGUCUGACUCUGUCAAGAAGAGCUCGAGCACAAACAGGCUGGACGUCAUUAUGGUUUCGUUUGACGAUGUGUUCCGGAGCAUCGAGUACGCCAUGAGCCCUCAGUCACACCUAGACCAGUGCAGUCAGUCCAUAAUGGGUCUCUCGAGGGCGAGCAUGGUGGAGGCGGACGAACAUGUCUGCUUGACCAACCCCUUGUUCAGCCAGCUUCCCUACCCGGCACGGACGGGCCAAGAAAGCGCGGGCGAAGGCUCGUCCGGAAAGGCCGUCGAUGUGGAGGCGGCCUUGCGGAACGCUCAAACGAUCCAGGAGGCGGAGGCCAUCAUCACGGAGACAAUUGUCGCCAAGUGCGCCGUGUUCCUUGAUCAGUCCAUCGAAGACGUGCCUGUCAACCAGCCACUGGCUACAAUCGGCCUCGACUCCCUGGUGUCCAUCGAGCUGAAGAACUGGCUGCUCCGAGCCUUCCAGGCCACCGUGCAGACAUCCAAUAUCUCUAGCGCGCCGAGCGUCAGGGCACUUGCGUCUUUGGUCGCAAGUAGGUCCAAGAUAAUCAGUGACGAGGUUCGAUCAGCGACAGUCGAUGUCGCGCAGGCUGAGAACGGCACUGCCCCUCUUGACAAGACCAAGGCCCCCUUCCAUGGCCUUGAAUGUUGCAAGGCGGCCAAGACGCUGCCCAAGUAUCCGCUGCCGGACUUGAACGAGAUUCUGGCGUACCUCGAGGAGAAUGUCUCCCAUUUUGCUAAGACCCCUGAGGAGCUCAAAGGUCUCAGGAAAGCGGUGGACGAUUUCACGGCGCCAGGCAGCCUCGGACUGCAAAUGUACGACCAACUCGUCCAGAGGGCCAAGGACCCUAAUCUAGACAGCUGGCUGGCAGAAAUGCACCUUAAGGGCUUGUACCUUUCUCGCAGACAUCCUAUUGCGCCGUGGGGCAAUUUCCUCAACACGCACCACGACAGCCCCAAGCCACACACCCAAGCAGAGAGGGCGGCACUGGUCUCGACGGUGGCGUUUCAGUUCGCCAGGGAGGUUGCAGAGAGGAAAAUAGAUGCGGACUGGCUGGGCAACCAGCCUCUUUGCAAGUACUCGUGGGACUGGAUGUUCAACACCGUCCGCGAGCCGCACCCUGGCUGCGACAAGAUGCAGCGGCAUCCUGGAAACGAUUAUUGCGCCGUGCUCCGGCGGGGACACGUAUUCACGGUCCCGCUGCGGCACAACGGAGAAGAAGCCUCGUACGAGAGCCUCAGGGACGCCUUCCAGGCCAUCCUGGGCCGCGGUGACCUCGACGACGACUCGUGGGCUGGGAUGCUGACGACCGACUUCCGGGACCCCUGGGCCACGAACCGGGCCGCGCUGCUCGCCCUUGGCCCGUCCAACAAGGCAUACCUCCAAGCUAUCGAGGCCGCGGCCUUCCUCGUCUGCCUCGACGACGGCCGGCCCGAGACGAACGAGGAGCGGGUGCGCCAGUGCUACGUCGGCAGCGGGUUGAACAGGUGGCACGACAAGAGCACGCAGUUCCUCAUCUCGGCCAACGGCCGCUCGGCGCAGCUGUCGGAGCACUCCAUGGUGGACGGCCUGACCAUCAUCCGGAUGACGGAGCGGAUUCACGACGCGAUCCAGUCGCACGACACGACAGCCGCAAAUACCACCACCCGCAGCGGCAGCAGCGACCCGCUGCCGGUCGCCCAGUUCACGCUGCAGACGACGCCCGAGAUCGAGGCGCACAUUGCCGAGCUGCGCACGGCGUACGCCACGCAGACGUCCAAGAAGAGGUACGCGCUGCACACGAUCCGGUCCCUGGGCACGAGCGCGGCGCUGGGGACGGGCGUCUCGGCCAAGGCGUGCAUGGACCUCGCGAUCCAGCUCGCCAACAGGAUGCACUUCGGGCACAACCCGGGCAGCUGGGAGCCGGUGUCGACGCAGCACUUCCACCGCGGGCGGCCGGAGCUGGUGCAGGUGGUGACGGACUCGGUCGUCGAGUUCUGCGAGGCCGCGCUGCAGGUGGCACAGGGGGGAAGCGGCAGUAAUCACGACAGGGCCAAGGAGCUGCUCUGCAGGGCCGCCGGCGAGUGGGAGCAGCAGAUACGGCGGGCGAGCGAGGGCCGGGCGUUCCUGCGCAUGUGGGACACGCUGCUGGGGAUGGUGCCCGAGGGCGCGGAGAAGCCGGCCGUCUUCACGGACCCGGUGUUCUGGCGGGCGUUCCCGGGCAAGGUCCUGCAGGUGCGCAACGAGGCCGAGGUCGAGGACGCGGCCAUCUGCCUGUGGGACGAGGACGCGCUGUGGAUGAGCUACUCGAUCAAGGAGGGCAGCGUCGCCAUCUCGAUCGUGGGCGACGUGGGCAAGGUCGAGGCGUACCGGCAGUGUCUUGAUAGGGCGGGUGUUUUGGUUCGAAUGAGCUCCGAUGGCCGCAAAGCACCGCCACCUACGGCCCCUCCACUUCCUCCCCCGCGAAGACCCAUCAUGUACAGCAGCAAAUCGGCCACCGAGACGCAUGCUGCAUGUUUUGACAGCCUCUCAGUGUCGGCGGACUAUCUGAAGCCCCGUAUAGAAAGACAACUUGUUGUUGGACAGCAAUACAAACCAACCUACUGCUUCUUCUACGGCACCCUGGCCCAACCCAAGAUCUUGAGCCACAUCCUCGGCCUCAAGCAACAACCAGCACUGCGGCCAGCAAAGCUUACCGGCUACGCACUCGCGAGCUGGGGCCAGUACCGCGCGCUCGUGGACGGCGAGCCCGGCCAGGAAGUGACGGGCUAUGCCUACCCUGUCCAGUCGGCCGGGGACGAGCUCAAGCUCGCCCGGUACGAGACAAGCGCCUACGAGGCGGUGUCGUGUGAGAUAAGAUUUACGGACGGCCAGGAUCCUGUGCAUGAACAUGGAAUGACGUUUAAGCAUGCCGGGGACGACGAGGCCCUGAAGGCCGGGAGGUUUGACCGCAAGUCGUGGGAGCUGCAGAUGGGCACGCGGCUGCCGGAGAGGUGGAAGACCCGCGGUGCGAGUCCACCUGGCCCAAAGAAAUGA